AUGGAGUACAUCCUUAUCAAGGAAUGGAUGCCAACCAACAUGACAGGUAGGCAUAACAAUCUUCCUUGUCAAUAUCGGUGCUUAAAAGUUGACUUUGGUGUAGUAUUGAUAUAAAAAUUUUAAAAAAUUUUAAACUAACACAGAGAGGCCAAGUUCAAUUUGAAAAUUUUUUUGCUUAUUUAACAUUUUUUAGAGUACUUACUAUCAUGUGUUGCCGUUGUGACGCUGGGCAUUGUGUACGAAGGUCUGAGGACAAUCAGAAUGGCUUUGUAUAGGUCGGAAGAGGUUCAAGAUAAUGUCAGAUUCUUAUUUUUUGCCAAUAGACUCAUUUUUCCCACUUAAAAACUAAUUUUUUUGUAUUUAUUAAUAUUCAUGUUGACUUACUAUGACAUUAUAAAUUUUAUUCAAAAAAUAAGAGACUUUAGAAGCAUAUAUAAAAAUCAUAAAAUAAAUUUUUUGAGUUUAGGUAUACCAAUGCCAAGGAAACGAAAACCCUCCAGACUAUGGUACUCUUUACUCAGCUGAAUGUCAAUGUGAACCUAAAACUACUUUAACUUUCAAACCGUAAGCUUUUUUGGCUCCGAAUAUUUACAAAUUCCCACUUCGGCACCAGCUAUAAAGCCGCAGUUGUUCUGCAGCUGAAGCUGAUUUCGGUGCCCUUAGAAACCUUGUCCAUAACUUGUAGAGUGCUAAAAGUCUUGUCGCUUCUAUAGACGCAAUACCUUUUACUUUAACGACAAGACUUUUUGCAUUGAUAGACAGAAAGUUAUCUAUAGUAAAUAUUCUUUUACAUAGUAAUUCUCUUUACCCAUUUACUAAAAAACUUUUUUUCAGAUUUACUAUCAAAACUUUAAUGACCAGAUCUCACCAAUGUCAAGCUAUCUUGCACGCUGUUCAAGAAUUCCUUGGACUCUCUUUAAUGAUGAUUACCAUGACAUACAAUACUCCGAUUGCUGCAUCAGUGGCAGUUGGCCAUAUCAUCGGGUACUUCUUCUUAUCUCCACUGUUUAGCUUUAGCGAACAGCAGAAGAUCAGUCAAUGUUGUUGCAAUUGA